AUGAGCUGGCUGAAGAUCCUAGGGGCCGUGAUCGUGGGGGCCCUGCUGCUGACGGUUGGAAUUCUGUUGGGCCACUUUGCCAUCCCCAAAGGGGGGAAUGGCCCGGGAGCGCCCAGCUGGGUGCAGACCGUGGGCCGGGAUCUGAAUGAAUCUCUGCUGCAGAGCUUCAUGGAUCAGGUGGACAGUGGGAAGAUCCGGGAGAAUCUGAAGGCCCUGGCCUCCCAGCCGCACAUGGCUACAACGAAGGGGGAUGAGGAGCUUGUGAAGCUGCUGCUGAGGCGCUGGCUGGACCCACAGAUCGGUCUGGACAGUGCCAGCGAGGACGUGUACGGCGCUUUCCUGUCCUUCCCUGACCCACAGAGACCCAACAGCGUGGCCGUGGGUGUGUGUGGGCAAAACAGCAGCCAGAUCUUCUCAACUCGGCGCAGCGAGAAGAACGUGACAGCAGACCAGGCCCAUGCAGAUGUGGUUCAGCCCUAUGCUGCCUACGCCCCCCCUGGGAACCCCAGGGGGAGGCUGGUCUAUGCCAACCAGGGCAAGCGCAGUGAUUACCUGGAGCUGGUCAACAUGGGCAUCAACCUGAAUGGCACCAUUGCCAUCACCCGCUACGGGGGGGCCGGCCGUGCCGACAAGGCAGUGAACGGGGCAGAGUUUGGUGUGGCUGGUGUGGUGGUGUAUACAGACCCUGCGGAUAUCAAUGAUGGGCGGGCAUCCGAGGAGGAGACCUACCCCAACUCCUGGUACCUGCCCCCCUCUGGUGUGGAGCGGGGCUCUUACAGCAGGUACUUCGGGGACCUGCUCACCCCCUACUAUCCUGCCAAAGAAUUCACCUACAGAAUCAAGGAGUCAGAGAUCCAGGGGAUUCCGCCGAUCCCAACCCAGCCAAUUGGUUUUGAAGAUGCCCAGACGCUAAUCUGUAACCUGUCUGGCCCUGUGGCACCCGCGUCCUGGCAGGGCUCUCUGGGCUGCUCCUACCAUGUGGGGCCAGGAUUCCGCACAGGGGGACUGUUUCCCAACACCAGCGACGUCCAGGUAAACGUCCACAACCAGAGAGUCAUCAGGAACUCUUCCAACGUGAUGGGCUUCAUCCGGGGCAGCGAGGAACCUGACAGGUACGUCCUGUACGGCAAUCACCGGGACAGCUGGGUGCAUGGAGCCAUCGACCCGAGCAGUGGGACAGCUGUCAUGCUGGAGAUCACCCGCGUGCUGGGCAAGAUGCUGAAAGAAGGGAAGUGGCGCCCCAGAAGAUCCAUUAUCUUUGGCAGUUGGGGGGCUGAGGAGUUUGGUCUGAUCGGCUCCACUGAGUACACGGAGGAAUUCUACAGCAAACUGCGGGAGCGGAGUGUGGCCUAUAUCAACGUGGACAUCUCCGUCUUCGCCAACGCCACCCUGAGAGCCCAGGGGACGCCACCUGCCCAGAGCGUCAUCUUUGCAGCUGCCAAGCAGGUCCAAAACCCGGCCAGCUCCUCCGUGUCCGUCUAUGACAACUGGAGAAACCACUUCAACCGCAUCAGCCCCAGCUAUGGCGUAAUUCCCAACUUAGGGUCCCUGGGUGCCGGGAGCGACUAUGCCUCCUUCAUCCAUUACCUGGGCAUCACCUCCAUGGACAUCGCCUACACCUAUGACAGGAACAAGACAUCUGCUCGGAUCUACCCCACCUACCACACGGCCUUCGAUACCUUCGACUAUGCUGACAGGUUCAUUGACCCAGGGUUCACCAGCCACCAGGCUGUGGCCCGGACAGUCGGCAAUGUGCUGCUGCGGCUGGCCGACAGCCUCGUCCUCCCCCUCAACGUGAGCGACUAUGGAGAGAAGCUAGAUGAGCUGUACAGCGCAGCUGCCCAGGGGGACUUCCUGGCCAACCUCAAUGCCAACAAUCUCUCUCUCGACCCUUUGAAGGCUGCGAUUGGUCGGUUCAAAUCAGUGGCUGCUAACUUCAACCAGCGGAUAACGAAGCUGGAGGAGGAGGAGUCUCCCAGUCCUCUCCAGAUCCGGAUGGUGAAUGACCAAAUUAUGCUGCUGGAAAGGGCCUUCCUCAACCCUCAGGCCUUCCCCAACCAGUACUAUUACAGCCAUGUGAUCUGGGCGUCCAAAUCCUCUGACCAGGCCACCUUCCCAGGACUGGCCGACGCCUACACCAGUGCCCUGGAGACAGGGGACUGGGACCAAGUCCGGAAGCACCUCACCAUCGUCGUGCAGGCUGUGGAGAGCGCUGCCUCCACCUUGGAAGCCGUGGCCUAA